CUUCACAAGAGUCUUAACCAUCGCCUACAAAAAGGAGAACCUCUGUCUCUGCAUGUAUAACAAUCAAAGAUACAGAUAGCAGAAAACUUUAUCUUGACGCAGAUAUGUCUGUGAAGAUUGUGGCUCUGGUGUUUUUGCUUGUGACAGCGAGUGGUGAGAAUACAAGUUUCAUCUUUAACAGUGGCUUCCAAUCUGCUCAUUUAACUAUGGAUGGCAUUUCAGAGAUCACUCCCAAUGGCCUACUCAAAGUCACAAAUGGAACGAAGGACCAACGGGGACAUGCUUUCUACCCCAAUCCAAUAGCCUUCACCAAUUCAUCUUCCUUCUCAACUACUUUUGUUUUUGCCAUUAGAUCUGAAUACCCUACUUUGAGUGGUCAUGGAAUGGCUUUUGUAAUUUCCCCCGCAAAAGCAUUUCCAGGUGCUUUAAACAGUCAGUAUUUAGGUCUCCUCAAUGACACCAAAGCCGACGGUACAAGGCAUGUUUUCGCAGUGGAGUUCGACACCAUACUGAGCGAAGAGUUUGGUGAUAUCAAUGGUAACCAUGUCGGAAUCGACAUUAACAGCUUGAGGUCGGCCAAUUCUACUCCUCCAGGGUAUUAUGAUGACGGGUCUCGGUUUCAAAAUCUGAGUCUUAUCAGUGGCCUUCCAAUGCAGGUCUGGGUGGAUUAUGAUGGAGGAAAGAAGCAAAUUAGCGUCACCCUUGCUCCCAUCAACGUUAACAAAUCCAAAACUCCAUUGUUAACGUUGUCUCAAGAUCUUUCUCAUAUUAUAAACAAGCUAAGUUACGUCGGAUUCUCAGCCGGCACUUGUGCUGUGUUAAGUUCUCAUUAUGUUCUUGGCUGGAGCUUUAAGCUCAAUGGGGAGGCUCAACACCUUGUCCUUUCCGAACUCCCGAAGUUACCGGUACUUGGCGGAAGGAAACGAUCAAUGAUUUUGCUGAUUGGGUUACCUCUAGUAUCACUAUGUUUGACUUUUCUUUUGAGUUUAUUUAUAGUUCAUCACAUUAUGAGAGUGAAGUUUUCUGAGAUUCAAGAAGAGUGGGAGCAAGACUAUGGCGCUCACAGGCUCAAAUACAAAGAUCUCUACGUGGCCACAAAGGGAUUCAAAGACAAGGAGCUUCUGGGCCGUGGUGGAUUUGGCAAGGUCUACAAAGGAACCAUCCCGACUUCAAAAGUAGAGGUUGCUGUGAAGAAAGUCUCACAUGAAUCUCGACAGGGCAUGAGGGAAUUUGUUGCAGAAAUCAUUAGUAUUGGUCGUCUUCGCCACCGAAACCUCGUACCACUUUUGGGAUAUUGCAGGCGAAAAAAAGAGCUUCUUUUAGUCUAUGAGUUCAUGCCAAACGGAAGUUUAGAUAAAUAUCUUCACAACCAGCCAAGCGUGACACUGAAUUGGACACAGAGGUUCAAAAUCAUCAAGGGCGUUGCUUCAGGAUUGCAUUAUCUGCAUGAAGAAUGUGAAAAAGUGGUCAUUCACAGAGACAUAAAAGCAAGUAAUGUGCUCCUAGAUUCAGAAUUAAAUGGAAGACUAGGAGAUUUUGGGCUUGCAAGACUAUACGACCAUGGCAGUGAUCCUGAAACUACACACGUGGUCGGGACAUUGGGUUAUCUGGCACCGGAGCAGACAAGAACAGGGAGAGCCACGACAAGGUCAGAUGUCUUUGCUUUUGGUGCAUUCCUACUUGAAGUUGUGUGUGGAAGAAGGCCCAUAAAGCAAGUAAAUGAAGAGAGUGUGAUUUUAGCAUAUUCGGUUUAUAGGUUGUGGAACAGGGGUGAGAUUAUUGAAGCAACGGAUCCAAAUUUAGGGACAGAGUAUUCAUCGGAAGAAGUAGAGUUAGUGUUGAAACUGGGGCUUUUGUGCUCAGAUUUCAGACCACUGAGUCGACCAAGCAUGCGUCAAGUUGUGCAGUAUCUGAAUUGGGAAGUUCCUUUGCCCGACAUAUCAUCAUCUUUGAGCUUUUGUUCUACUUCUCCAGGGCAGUCGUUUGGGAAUGGCCAUGGAAUUUUUGACUCUACAACGUUGUCCCUUCCAUCUUAUGUCGAGUCUUUCUCUCAAUGUUCAGUAGUGGAAUCAGUUCUCUCCGGAGGUCGCUGAUUCCUCAUAAGGUGCAUAUGAUCUGUUAGAUAAUUGACUUGUAAAAGUAGCCAGCUUCUAUAUUGCGUGUGUAUGCUCUCAAAUCUUAACAAGUUGUCUUUUCAAAAAAGUAAACGAUAUAAGCUAAACUCGUAAAUUAGCUAACUCUUAUAUUUAUUUAUUCAGUUAAUGUGUGCAAGCUUGUUUGAGUAUAAUUAUUUUUUUAAUAAUGAUUUGUAUAUAUCAGUUAAAAAGCUGUGGUGAUAUGGAAGAUUUGUAAAAUUGCAGGAAUGAAAAAGAUUGUAAAUCACAAAAGUUCUAAUUA